UCCUGGGCUUGUUUGUAUUUACAGCACAAGUUCCUCCAGCUUUCAUCAAUAAACCGAGCCUGAAUCCACCUGGACCGAACUGAAGGUGUCACCAUGGCCUUUCAGGGGUCCGAGGGACUGGAAGAACAGCUCGAGGAGCCGGAAGACACCCUGAGAGUCUCUCCGGCGGAGGAAAUGCCUGUCGACGGGCCUCCAGCAGUGGGGGACCCCGAACCCGAGCCGUUACUUUUACCGUGGGACCGUUUCUCCUCCUGGCUACAUUGCAUCUGCGUGGUCGGCUUCGAUCUGGAGCUCGGACAAGCUGUGGAGGUGAUUUAUCCACACCACUCCAAACUCACAGAAAAAGAGAAAACAAGUAUAUGCUACCUGUCAUUCCCAGACUCCAAUUCAGGUUGUCUCGGGGACACACAGUUCUGCUUCCGUUUCCGGCAGGCCACAGGCAGGAAGUCGUCACUCGGAUGUUUCCUCGAACACUUUGACCGGGAUGCGCCAGUGUGUCUAAAGAAAGAUCAGGGCUAUUAUUACGGGUAUGUGUACUUCAGACAGGUGCGAGACAAGUCACUCAAGCGGGGCUACUUUCAGAAGUCUCUGGUCCUCAUCAGCAAGCUCCCCUACGUGACCUUUUUCCACUCUUUGCUGAAGCUCAUCGCCCCAGAAUACUUUGAGAAACAGGAGCCGUGUUUAGAGGCUGCAUGUAAUGACAUUGACCGAUGGCCCACGCCGUGCCCGGGGAAGAUUCUUUCGCUCCCCAUCAUGGGUGUGGUCAUGAAGCUGCGCAUCCCUACAUGUUAUGACAAGCCUGGAACUUCUCAGCUCGUCCAGUCCACACCGAGCGACAGUCAGGUGUCCAUCAUCCUGCCGACCGUCCAUGAAGUAGAUCUGUUCAGGUGUUUCCAUCCAGUGUUUUUUCAUAUCCAGAUGUUGUGGGAGCUGGUGUUGUUGGGUGAAGCAUUAGUGGUCAUGGCUCCGUCACCAGCAGAGUCUUCAGACACUGUGUUGGCGCUGGUCAGUUGUAUCUCUCCUCUGCGAUACUGCAGUGAUUUCCGGCCGUAUUUCACCAUUCAUGAUAGUGAGUUUAAGGAAUACACUACGCGAACACAAGCUCCGCCUUCAGUCAUUUUAGGAGUCACAAAUCCAUUCUUCGCCAAAACUCUUCAGCACUGGCCGCACAUCAUCCGCAUCGGAGACAUGAAGACCGCAGGAGAGAUGGCCAAACAAAUGAAAGUGAAGAAACUCAAAAAUCUGAAGACUUUGGACUCAAAACCUGGUGUUUACACUGCAUAUAAACCCUUCCUGAACAAAGACGAGGACAUUAUCAAGCAGCUCCAGAAGGGAGUUCAGCAGAAGCGUCCUUCAGCUGCCCAAAAUGCAAUUCUGCGUCGAUAUUUCUUGGAGCUUACGCAGAGUUUCAUCAUUCCUCUGGAGCGAUAUGUGGCCAGUCUAAUGCCGCUACAGAAGAGCAUCUCCCCAUGGAAAAGUCCUCCACAGCUGCGGCCGUUCAACCAGGAGGAGUUCAUGAAAACACUGGAGAAAGCUGGACCUCAGCUCACAUCCAGACUCAAAGGAGACUGGAUCGGCCUCUACAGGCAAUUCCUGAGGUCUCCAAACUUCGACGGCUGGUUCAGAAACCGCAGGAAGGAGAUGCUGCAGAAGCUGGAGGCCCUUCAUCUGGAGGCUCUGUGUGAAGAAGACCUGACGCUGCGCAUUCAGAAACACACAGAGGUGGAGACCGUCGACCUGGUGCUCAAACUCAAGGAGAAACUGACUCAGGCAGAGAAAGAUCAGCUUCCCGUCAAUGCAGGAACUUUGGCCAAACUGCAGGCGCACAUCGACACCAUCAUCCUGACGCUUCCUGAAGACCUGCAGGGCAUCUUACACAAACCGCCCAGCCCCUGACCCUCACACACACUGCAGGGGAUCUGACACAAACCGCCCAGCCCCUGAUCAUAAACACACACUCUUCUGAUGGAGACAACAAGUGCACUUGAUGCUGCAGGUCUGGACCAUGCUGGCGGUGCCGAAAACAGCACUGGAUGAAGGUUUCACACACACACACACACACACACACACACACACACACACACUCAGUCCACAUGCUGGAAGACAUCUCGCUGUGUGAGAUCAACAUUCCCUUUGGCGUAAACAUGUGGGUGGAGUCAGCAACGACAGAUCUGCAUAUGUAAAUGACUGCGCUGUGACAUCACAACGUCUGGAGUAAGAACGUCACUUCUGCUUUACUGGAUUUGAGUCUCUUGAAAACAUUUCCAGGUCACAUUUAACAUUUAUUAUUUUACAAACUGACUUUUUUAUAAUUGUUUACAUAUUUUGCAUAAUAAUAAUAUUAUUUAAGAAAAGAAAUAUAAUAUUAUCUACAUAUUAUUAGAAAUAUUAUAAUAUUACCUACACCUGCGUUCAAUAUUACCAUUGAAUUUAAUGACUAUUGUCUGAAUACCUGCAGUUACUGUAAUUAAAUAGUUUUUGUAAUAAUAAUUAUUGCAUAAUCAUAUAAUAUAAGAGCAAAAUCAUUUAGAUGUUGCGUUAGUUAUCAACAUUAUCAUUGGGUAAUUAGUUUUUCUACUAAAAACUACUUUUUCAUGAUAUUAAAUAUUGAAAAUUAUAUUUCUUGGCAUCGUAGUAAUAAAAACCAGGUGAAAUAUGAUCAUCAGGUAGUCACAUUAUUACUAAUCUGUGUAAUAUGUUAUUUGUUUAUAUUGAAUGCAUAUUUGUAAUAUCACCUGGUUAUUUACCUAAUUUAUAUUGUAAAAUAUCUGCAGAAUUUUAUUAUAUAAAUAUUUUAAAUGUUCCAGUUUAAAGUAUGUUUUUUGCUAUUAUCAUACAGCAGAUUAUAAUGCAAUAAUGAGACCAGCCAUUAAUAAUUGAACACAUUUUGUAAUGUAAACCUGGAGAUGUUUUGAUGAGAUUCACAGUUCUAGUGUGUUUUGGAUCAUAUUAAUAGAUGUGAUUAUUGCAAUAACUGGCAGAUUUAACUCUUAAAGGAGUCCUCUUUGACAGAACAACAACAACAAUAACACUACGAACCCAUAAACCCUGACACUAGAGUGAGUUUAUUGCAGCUCUACAAGGUCAGUAGCAUUAUCAUUACCAUCAUCAUCAUCAUUGCAGGUUUCUGGCAUUAUCUCCACUCCACAGUGACUUUUGUUUCUUAAGAUGAAGGAAAACCCAACAAAAAACACCAGUGCAGAUUUACUUGUAUGACUAGUUCUCUGACUGACCACUGAUUGCAUUAGUUUUUUUCUUUAUCGGCAUCAUAUCCAACAGAGAUUUGGUCUUUCAUCUACUUUUUAAAAUGAUUGUUAUUAUUAUUUUUUUCUAGAUAUAAUAAAAACAAAAAAAGGUAAUUGCAAUUUCUCACAAAAAACAUUGCUGAGAGAUGCGAAAGUUUUUUUUAUUUUAUUUUUUUCUUGUAAUUUCAAGUUUGCACCUUAAAAUUUCCCAAAUUAAUUGAUAUAUAUUUCCUCAAUUUCAAUUUAUUCAAUUUAUCCAACAAACAUAUUCAGUCUAUUCAACAGAGAUUUGGUCUUCCAUCCACUUUUAAAAUUAUUAUUAUUAAUAUUAAUUUCUAAAUAUAAUAAAAAAGGCAACUGUGAUUUC